UGCUAAUUUGCCUUUUAGAUCAAGUCAAACUGAAAGCAUUGUUCGAUAAAGUUAUGGUGCUCACUCGUCGCCAGAGUCACCGUAGAGGAAAUGAUGAAGAUCGAUUGACCGAAUUGCCUUUGGACAAGUCAAUUGAUCAUAAGGCCACCAACAAACCGAAGCGCAACCGGGGAAAGUCUGCGACGGCCAGUGGUAAUGAGGAAGAUCAGAGUGUAGAAGCUGAUGUGAUCGCCAGCGAUGAACAAGAUACAAACGAAGAGUCAUCUGGAAAGCCAGAAGCUAGUGAAGGACAAGAGGAGACGGAAGACGACUCCGAGGCCCAGAGUGAAGAGGAAGAUGAUGAAGAUAUUGAUGCUCUUCUUGACAAAGCUGAAGAGGCUCUUCGAAUGAACAGUGGUAGCCAGCAGUCUAGUGACGGCAAAGUCGAUUAUAAGCGCUUCAAAUUACCCAAACUCGAUGCUGGAAUAUCUGUUGAAGACCAACUUUACAUUGUUAACAACAAGAACCAAGCGAAAAUCGCACAUGAACUUGCUGUCCUUGAUGACGGUGGAGAAGGUUCAUCCAAUACCAAAGCUUUAAAUGUUCUCAAGGCUAGCAAAUCAGACGCUCCUCCAGUGUCACGAAAGGAUAAACAAAAGGAAAAAGAGGCGACUGCUGGAAAGGGUUGGUUCGAUAUGCCGAAAACAGAGAUUACCCCCGAGAUCAAGCGUGAUCUUCAGGUCAUUCGCCUCCGAAAUGUGUUAGAUCGUAAGAGACAUUACAAGAAGAGUGACUCAAAGGAUCCGACGUAUUUUCAAGUGGGAACCGUGAUUGAGGGACCUACUGAGUUCUUCUCUAGCCGUCUCACCAAGCGUGAGCGCAAACAGACCAUUGUGGACGAGCUCUUGGCUGAUGACGAAGCUCGAGGCUACUACAAGCGUCGUUUCUUGGAUGUUCAAAGUCGAACGCAAAACGGCGGUAAAAAGCACUUCAAGAAGGUCAAGGCUAAACGUGCCCAAAAAUGGUAGUCGUGAAUUUUUUUUGUUCGCGUUAACUCGUAGUUUCUUAUUUUCCAAGCAUUCAGCAUAUUUGAUAAUUUCCCUUUCAUACUUGUAUUAUACAUUUCCAUCAUUCUCAAUAUAUAGAUGCUGUUGGAUAACAGCGUAUUCGAAGAACCAUUCGAACAACUUCAAUUAUCAAAACAUGACAUUGGUGCCUUUGAACAAUUGCCAAAUGCUUCGUCGAGUAAUGACAAUACCAUUUAAUCAUAAUCAAUUUCACG